UCCUUCUGCGCUCCUGAACCAGCUCUUGUAAUUUGUUUUUGCAUUGUGACAGCUAACAUGGCAGAUGAAUUGGACAUUGUGGAUAUAGAAGGAGAUGAAACUGAAGUCAAUAUGAGGGACAAUAUGGAAGGAGGCAUCCUCCAGGAACAUCAAUACUUGCAGACAGCAUGGAGGACCAAUAGUGGAAUUCUUCCUUGGACCCUGGACAGUUCCAUCAGUGCUGAGAAUAGAGAGGUCAUUGAGAACAUGCUUCUGGAGGAGGAGUAUUAUUUAACUGGUAAGGAGCUGCCCAAGAGCAUUUGGACUGGCGACAAGCAGAAAGUUAAGACGUCUCCUGUGAAGCCUGCUGGAGCACCUGUCCGAUGGACACAAGAGGAAAAGGAUCUUUUUGAAAAAGGAUUGGCUCAGUUUGGCCGGAGGUGGACAAAGAUUGCUAAGCUGAUUGGCAGCCGUACUGUUCUGCAGGUGAAAAGCUAUGCCAGACAGUACUUAAAAAACAAGGCGAAAUCAGAUGUUGCCAUGCCAGCAGUGGCAGCAGACUCCCAGGGGUCCCUGAACGGGGUGCCCCCAGGUGCGGAGUGCAGCUCCGACGGGUCGCCCAGAGGUCACGCCGCUGUGCUGGCCAAUGCCGUGAGGAUCGAGAGGCUGUCGGACGACGAGGACGUGGACAUCACAGAUGACCUCACCGGCGACGCUCCUCUCCCGGGCAUCAAAAUGGAGCCCUGUGAGCAGAGUGCUUCGGAGGAGGUGGACAGCGAGGGGGAGCCCAGCCCGAGUCCCCCGUCUCCCUCCACCCACACCCCCCAGUCCAGCGGCUCCUCCCAGCCCUCGAAGCAGCCCUACAGUGAGGAGCCUCACUCCCAUGCAGACAGUGCAUGUCAUGUGUGGGCUCAGUGCUCCCCAGUGCUGGGAGAGGACAGUCUGGCAGCCUGCCAGUCUGGCAGCCCUGGUGGAGGGUCCCAGUAUGAGAGCGAGGACACCGAUGGAGCAGUUCUCUCAGAGAGGGAGGCGGAGCUGGAGGAGGAGCUUGAGGAAGGGGAAGAGGAGGAGGUGCUAAAGGCACCUGAGCAGGAAGUAUUUCUGGAUACUGGUGCCAUCACAGAAGAGGAAAAACAGGCCAUCUCUGAAUUCUUUGAAGGCCGCCCGUCGAAGACCCCUGAAAGAUACCUGAAAAUUAGGAACUACAUCCUGGACCAGUGGGAGAAGAGCAAACCCAAGUACUUGAAUAAAACAUCGGUGCGACCAGGCCUGAAGAACUGCGGCGACGUGAACUGUAUAGGGAGGAUACAUACAUACCUGGAGCUCAUCGGCGCCAUCAACUUCAACUGUGAACAGGCCAUCUACAACAGGCCCAGGGUGGUGGACCGCUCUCGAGCGAAGGAGGGCAGGGACACCCUGGAGGCCUUCCAGCUGGCUCAGAGGCUGCAGUCCAUGCGCACGAGGAAGCGGCGGGUACGAGACACGUGGGGAAACUGGUGUGACGCCAAGGACCUGGAGGGACAGACGUUUGAGCACCUGAGUGCAGAGGACCUGGCUCUGAGAAGGGAAGAAUCCAGGAAGAGGCACAAGCCCUGCAAGAUUCCUAGACCAAAAGGCUCCUUUGACCCCUUUCAGCUCAUCCCCUGCCAGGCUUUUGGAGACCAGAAAAAGGAGCCAUUCCGGGUGCUAGUCUGUGCAGAAGCACUUGUAGUGAUGGACAUGCAUGCCCAUGUGUCCAUGGGAGAAGUCAUCGGGCUGCUUGGGGGAGAGUACAGUGAAGGAGAAAAGGUGUUAAAGAUCUGUGCUGCGGAGCCCUGUAACAGUGUGAGCACGGGACUGCAGUGCGAGAUGGACCCAGUUUCUCAGACCCACGCCUCGGAGUCGCUGGCCGGCCACGGCUACAGCGUGGUGGGCUGGUACCACUCCCACCCCGCCUUCGACCCCAACCCCUCCCUUCGGGACAUCGACACACAGGCCAAGUACCAGAGUUACUUCUCAAGAGGCGGAGCCCCCUUCAUUGGGAUGAUUAUCAGCCCCUACAACCCCAGCAACACCUCGCCCCUCUCUCAGACCACCUGCCUGGUAGUGAGCGAGGAGGAGGGGCCCGCCGGCUCCCACAAGCUGCCUUUCCGAUUCGUGAUCCACCGGUCGUGCGAGGAGCCGGACUGGGCCCAGGUUCUGAGGAGAGCCCAGUGGGUGGUGCACAAGUACCGGCUGUCGCACGGGAGUGUGCCCAUGGACAGGCUGUUUCGUCGAGACUCUCACCUCACCUGCUUGGAAAAAAUGCUGGCUUCACUGAGGAAUUUUCUAGAACCGUUGCCGGACGAUGUGGUGAACACCUUCCUGACACAGAUUGAGACACUCUUCCUUUCUGAGUUCACUGCUGAGAAAAGGGGGAACCAGGAUGAAGGGGAGGCCUCAAGUACUCUUCCACCGGUCUUCGGUUCCCUUGGGUUCUCCACUGUGGAGCCACCAGAGGACGAGGGAAUCUCGACCUUGCAGACAGUCGGCACAGAGGGAGGGCUGAUGGUCGGCCUAGCAACAGAGGAGGGAUCCCCUGUGCAGGCAGUAAUUCAGGAAGCAGGAAGAGGGUCUGCUGUUCUGCCGGGCAGCCUACAGAUGGAGGGGGAAUCCACUGUUCAGCCUGGCAACCUUGUGCAGACCCCCUAAUGCAAGCAGUCUUUUACACUAUCAGGAGGCUGUUCCAUUAAAACACCUUCUGGAGCAAGACUAUAACUUCCUGUUUUAGCCUGUAUAAAAGUGUAUAAAUUCACACAAGUAUUGGAUUUCUUUACUCAUAUGUGUGAUUGUGAGAUUGAAAGAAGUCUUGAAUACAGAGAACCUCAUUUUCUAUAUGUUCAUCUUGAGGAAAGUGUAGAAGAUUUAAUGUCCCGUACAAUUUUACAGGAUGUUUUACUGGUCAGUAUUAAUCAAAAAUGAGAAUAGUUUUAUAUUAUGUGUUCCAUGAUUUUGUAUUUUAAUCAAAAUGUAUCUCUUAGUGCAUGUAAAUAAAUAAAAUUCCGUUAAGUGAUUAUAUCUGUCAUUUGCACAAGUAGUGAUUAUAUCUGUCAUUUACACAAGUCGCAAGACUGACAGUGUUUUUCCACCCUUUCACACAAGUUCACUCUGGUUUUAAACCUUUGUGGGAUGCACAGGUCUAUCAAAAGGAAUAAACAUCUAGUUCUCAGCAA